AUGUUAUCUUUAUUGUAUGUAUCUAAAUCUCUUGCGCAACUUACUCCUGUCAAGAAUUUAUGGAAAAUAUGUGCACCACCUCUAGGCCUUUACACACGUUCUACACCCAGAUUUAUCCUUUAUCAUACAAAAUACACACUCAUGACAACAUCAAAUGUAAAUCGAUCUAUACUUAACAAAAUAUUUCUUUCUUUUCGAGUAAUGUUUCAUCGCAAACGACCACGUCUAGUUGGCAUAGAUAAAUCGGGUAAUCGAUAUUUUGAAGCACCACCAAAUAAAGCAAGUGAACAUACUCAUUUAUCAAAAUUGCCAAAAAGGUUUUUUCUUAUGCCUGGACAAAAUGAAUUAGAAAGUUCACAUGGGAAUUUAGAUGUAGAAUUAUCGUCUAUACCUCCUGAAUGGCAUUCAUGGUUGAGUCAUCGACGUUCUAAUCCACCUACAGAAGAAGAGAUAGAAGCUAAUGCUGUAUCUAAGAGCAAACGUCUUAGUCGUGCAGCAGAAUUAGAGGUAAAAUAUAAUGUAGAACGCCAAGAAAUGAUUAAACAAGGUUUGUUACAUACUGAUAAAAUAGAAUCGUCUAACAUUCAAAGUAAACCAUCAUUUCCUGUUUAUUCUGAUUUACAAACUUCUCCGGACGAAAAUAAAAAUUAG